CGUUCUAUCAUUUCGUUCGUCGAGACCUGCAGACGCCUGUGUCAGUCAACACACGAACUGUGGACAGCAAAACACCCAAAAUAAACCUAACCUCACAUCACAUCAAAGCCCAGAGUAGGUGAUAAUUUUUCUAAUGACCAGCCAUGGGUGAUGAGGACAGCCAGGAUGAACUCAUUAAUAAGAAUGCCUACCUAGGCAAAGGCAAAAGACAAAGUGCUUCCAUACUCAGUGACGAAGGUGAAUUAAGUGAUGAAGAUGGGGACGAACUUGAAGAAGGAGACACAGAAAGUGAAGAGGAAGAGGAGGAUGGUGAUGAUAUAGAUGAUGAUGAUGGUGAGGAAGAAGAAGAGUAUAGUGACGAUGCUGAAGAAGAUGAGAUUGAAGGAGCAGAGAAGGAGUUAGAGGGGUCAGUCGGAGGGACAGAGGCUAAGUUUGUUGGCCUGAGUUCGGAUGAAGAUGCUGAAAACUGCCCCAUCUGUCUCAACACUUUCCAGGAGCAGGCCUUGGGAACUCCGGAGAGCUGUGCACAUUAUUUCUGUCUCGACUGCAUCUUAGAGUGGUCAAAAAAUGCUAACUCUUGCCCUGUGGAUCGAAUCAUCUAUACAAACAUCUGUAUGAGAUCUUGCUUUGGAGGGAAAAUCCUCAAGAAGAUUCCUGUUCAGAAUCAUGCUGCUGCCAAUGAACUGGCAGAGGAGGACAAUACACAGUGUGAGGUGUGUGGCAGAAGUGACAGAGAGGACCGCCUUCUCCUCUGUGAUGGGUGCGAUGCUGGGUACCACAUGGAAUGUCUUAACCCCCCACUGAAUGCAGUUCCAGUAGAGGAAUGGUUCUGUCCUGAAUGCGCUGUUCAAAAUGCAUCUCAUGGUGCAGCAGUAGCAGUGGAAGAGGUGAGCGAGGAAGAAGUGGCCGCCCUAGUGGCUGAUGCAGUGCCCACCACCAGCCGACUGCGUACCAAUACAGGGAGGACACGAGCCAUUGCCAGGACUCGUCAGAGCGAGAGGGUCAGAGCCACCGUCAACAGGAACAGGAUCAGGAUCACACAGGCUCAGACAGCACAGCAUGUUCCCGGGUAUCUGAUGGAGUCCUCCAUGCUUGAUGAUACAAUUAACUCUGUUGUUGCUGGUCUCAACACGGCAGUAUACAUUCGCCCUCUAACACCACGAACAGGAACCACAGGGAAAAGGAGAAGAGCUAAGAGAAGAAAAACCACAAAACCCCAAUGGAAAAAAACUAAAACUGGAACAAUAAAAUCUACCACAGGAAAAGGCACUAAAAGACGUAAGCGCCGAAUUAAGAGGAGACGUUCCAAGAAAGAAUGGCAGGUAAGAAAGGACACAACUGCACGCUCCCGUAUUGCUAAAAACCUGGGGAUUGGUAAGCCACUUCAUGGGCUCUCAGUUCCAUCUGUGUACAGACAAGUGGAUGCUAGCUUGGAAGGCAUGAGGUCAGAUAUUGGAGCUGCACCCCUGUCAGUCUAUGGAAACCCAUUUCAGCUGGAUUUGUUUGAUGACAGUGCACCUACAGAACAGCCUGCAAGUUCCUUGUCACCAGUUGAAGUCAAGAGAAAAGGUCUUUCUCAAUCCGCUCUCAGAUCACAUCAGCCAGUAGCAAGGCCUAUUUCAAUUGGACUUUCAAGGGGAGGGUUAAGUAUCCCAGAAGCUGAGGCAGUUGCAGAGGCAGCCCCGGUACCCGACCUAUUAGGAAGUAUCCUGUCAGGACAGAGCAUGCUACUGAUGGAUAGUUCUGAUGUUUUGAUCAACAGAGAUGGAUCUUUGAAAGCCAAAAAUCCUGUUGUUACAUCAUUAACUACAUCUUCAAAGAGAAGUGGUUCUCGAGAUGGAGAUACAUCAAUAGAAAUGUACAGUGGACAUUCAUCUCCCUCAGGAACAAGUGCCUUUAGCCCCAGAGGACCAACUGAGAUGUUAGACCUUAAUGUUAAUUCAAGACCUUCUAUGUCUAGCUUAUUUGGUUCUAUUGGUGCUUCUGGCUCUCACUCCUUACCAUCAACACCAAAACCAUCUUCCCAGCCAGAACAUUUGUUCAGUUCAAGUCCAACUACGUCAGUAACUGUAUCUAUUAGGCCAAAGACUUCAGUGACUCCGAGACCUAAUAUGUUACACAGCAUUGCAGAUUCUCGUGGUACUGCUUUAAAAACAGAAGGGAACAGUAUAAAAAAUGCUAGCGCUCAACGAGCAAUGUCCACUGUGCAAUCCUCUUCAAAGAACACGAAUGGUAACUCUGAAUUGCAUUCAAAGAGUAGUACAGGUGUUGUCAGAAGGAAUCCUCCAAAACCUGUUUGGCUUGAUGUGUCCGAACUUCCUAGAAUACCAAAGAUUAAAAGAGAGAAUUCUGGAGACUCACAGCCAAGUGGUAGCAGAAAUAACGGCAUACCUGAUUCGUGCAUGAACAGAUUGAUGGGUAAUGGAGAUCGUGAUAAGACAGCGGACCAAGGAUCAUUAAGAGGUGAUCAGAGUAAAAGUGAGACCAGUGAAAGACAAAGGCAUGGUCCUGGAAGCUCCACCUCUACCAAUUACAGUGGCCAUGCAAGGCCAGUGUCUUACAGUUCCCAGGGAAAUACAGGUUCUUCAACUGUGAGCUUUAGGAUAAAUACAAGUGGAAAUUUGUGGCAUUGUAGGAGACUUGCUAAGACUGGUGCUUUCAGUAACCCUUUAAAAUCUGCAGAUGACUCCCACCAGAACUCUAGUAAAGAAAAACAUAAUUUAUUCCCUUCACAUUCAGAGAAAAAAGAAAAAAAUAUUAAAAAUGAAAUUUAUGAUCCUUUUGAUCCCACUGGCUCUGAUUCUAGUUCUUCUGGUAGCAUCUCAGAUAUAUUUCAGAGCCCUUCUUCAGAAAGUGAAACUGCCAGCUGUAGUGUUCAAGAUUCAGUAUCUCAGGAGCAAGAAUUACAAACUGCAAACUUAUUAGCUAGACACCAUGAUAAUGCUGAAAAACUUAAAGUCAAAGAUAUGGAUUUGGAAGGAGGGUCAGAUUUAGAGGAACAAGAUGCUUCUAUGUCAUCUGGAGAGGGUGUAAAAAAGGAACAUGUCCGUCUGGGGUCAAGUAAUGACCCUUUACCAGGUGGAGGUAAGGGCGAUACAAAUGACAAAGCCAAUUCGACAGAUGAGGAGAUAUUUAGUAAAAUGUCAAGUAAAGUACAUCAAAAGGAAGCACAUUCGCACUCACGAUCCAGCUCAACAUCAAGUACUAGAAGUGAAAAGAAAUUUAAGAAGAAUAGGAUGAAGCCUGUCUGUGAAGAACUAAAGUCUAGUGCAACUUCAAGGUUGGGCUCGCAAUCUGCUCAUAGCAAGAAGCAAAGUUGUAAAUCUGGGGACAGAAGGACUUCUAAAGACUGUUCUAGAUCUAGUAGUGCAGAGGCCACAAAGAAAGCAUUGACCAAGGGUAAAAGUAAGGAAAAAAAGGCAAAACGUUCCAGAUCAAGGUCACGAGAUAGGAGGAGAUCUAGGUCCCGUUCAGCAAGUUCUUCAUCCGAGGUGUCUGAGAGAUGGAAGAAGAGGAGGAGGAGGUCAAGGUCAAAAGAAAGGAGGCAUUCUCACUCUAGCAGUCCCGAAAGAGCGGAAAAGAAAAAGCCUAAGCGUGAAAUAAGCUAUGAAAGAUAUAAUAAUAGUAAAGGGAGGGGGGCAAUAUUAAAGGACAGAAAACAAAGGAGAUCCAGUUCAAGAUCAAGAUCAAGGUCUAGGGAGAGAAGGAAAGGGGGGUCAAGGUCACAAUCCCCACCAAGAUCUAAAGAGCAAGGAAGGUCAAGGUCAGAAGAGAGAAUGCAGAGGUCUAGGUCACGAUCCAUAGAAAAGAAGUGUGCAGACAGUGGAGAUUUGUCGCAGUCUGUACAGGGGAAGGGAGAGAAAAUCCUGCAAAAGCCAAGCAAGUUUUCUGCAUCGUCUUCCACCAAAAAAGUUGGGACAUCUUCGAUUGUGGUUGUGAAGGAUGAACCAGGCAUCCCAAAAUCUGCACCCCAAAUCAUGGAAAGUUGCAUUAAAGAUAGUGUUGGUCUAGAGUCAAAGGUUAAAUCCGAGCUUGUGUGGUCUGAGGAAGCUAUUUUAUCUGAGAACCAGGUCUCGAGUAAAAUAAAUGUUGACAUUGUUUGCGCUCACACUGUAACUAAAGACAAAACUAGCAAGUUAAAAAUAGGUAAUGUAACCCAAGAAGCUUUCCAAAAACCAGAAUCCUUUGGUAAAGUAAAGAUUGAAGAAAUAAAGUUGGAAGGCGAUGUCCUCAAUACCCUUGAUUUCAUAAAAAGUAAUGAAGGGAAAGAACCAAAAUUGACAAAUUCCAGUGUAAGCUCAGAUGAACCAGAGUUGAAAGUGAAGCAGGAAGCAGUCAAGCCUGUGUCAGAACCAUCUGCAGUGAUUGCUGGCUCCAAGUCCAAGGAUCUUGUCAAAAGAGUGACCUGGAAUCUGCAGGAAGUGGAUCAGUCAUCGUCUUCAAAGACUGCAAAAAUUCCACUUUAUAAAAUGCAACGAAGAUGCAAGGAAGGCACCUGGAAGGCACCGGAUCACAGCCAGGCGUUGAAUCAGGAUUCUUCCCAAACCAUGCCCCUGGCCUCUACAGUUCCUCCAGAUUUACCCUCCUGUGCCCCAAUCAGCCCUUCCCAUGUUAGUUCUGUUGCUGGACAGACCUUCCCACCAGAACUGAAUGUACAAGCUGGUGUGUUAGAGCUUGGAUUGAAAACAGGAAAAGAGGAAGCGAAAAUUAGCAAAAGCAGACAUGCAGCCGACAAGGCAAAAAAUGAAGAAUACAUGAAGAAACUUCACAUGCAGGAGAGGGCAGUGGAGGAAGUUAAACUUGCAAUAAAACCCUUUUACCAGAAAAGGGAUAUCACCAAGGAGGAAUACAAGGACAUUCUGCGAAAAGCUGUGCAGAAGGUUUGUCACAGCAAAAGUGGAGAAAUCAACCCUGUCAAAGUUUCAAAUUUAGUCAAGGCAUAUGUCGACAAGUACAAGCAUGCAAGAAAACACAACGAGGAGUCUGUGGGAUCAAGUUACCGAACUGAAACGAACCACGAAGCACUGGACUCUUGAAGGCCAGUUCCACUCCAAAGGAAGCAGUUUUUUAAAUAUUAUUAACACAGACAUUUAUGGACAUUCGUGUUCUGUUCUACUAACAUUAAAGACGAAGGGCACUGAAAAUGCGUAUUAAUGUUUGAAACAGGACUUACCCUCUUUACGCCUAUUUUACACAUGUAUUUUCACAGAUUACACCAGGGAAGUAAAAUCGUGAAAAGCAUGUUCAAGGUCUAUCAACCUCCAAGGGUGCAUUUAUACUGUAGUUUUUGCUUGUUUUUCAGAAGCUGAUUGUGAAAUUCACAACAGCAUUAGGUCAGUAAAGAGUACCUGUAGUUAAUGUCCUCCCUUAGUAAUAGCAGAACCUGUUAAUGCUCUAUAUUAAAUUAAAUGGUACCAUUAAUUUCUGUAUUCGUGAGAACUGUGUGGGCAGAUCAUGUUAGAAGAUAGCUAAUUUAUGAACAGAACCCAAUUUGUAAUAACUGAGCCGUGACAUACAUCUGUUGUAGGUCGAGCCCAUUGUGGGCCACCACUUGUCAAGAUUGUCUUUUGGUGCUAUUUUCCAGUCUGUUUUUUUUUUUUUUUUUUUACUGAAGGGAAUGGAUUUUUCAUGUUUUGAAUAUUCUUUAAAAAUUCAUAUUUGGAUGUUAAUUCUUGUAUAAUACAGGAAUGUAUAAAUCAUCUACUCUGUCCAAAGUGACUCCUGUAUUAAAAGCAUGGCUAUUUGGAAUGAA